CUCAUUCACUCACUCACGUCCCCUCACCUGACGAAGGAAGGCCGCUCCCGACUCUCCCGCGCUCCCUCUCCACUCUCCCUCCUCCCGCAGACAUGAAGGUUAUGCUGGUUCUCGCCCUGGGCCUUGUCGCGCUGGUCGCCGCCCGCCCCAGUGACAUCUUUGACUUCGAGGGUGAUGACGCCGAGCACGAGCAGGAGGGCGCCGCGGGGAAGUCAGUUACCGGGGAGUAUAAGUGGGAGAGUCCUGAAGGCACAGAAUACGUGGUGAAAUACAUCGCGGACGACAAAGGUUACCGCGUUCUCGAGUCCAACGCCGUGCCUGCCGCCAACGGUCUUAGCGCCACCGGAGAGCACGCCGACCUCGAGGGGGAUGAAGACGAGGAGGAAGAGGACGACGACUAAACCAAAGGAUACAUGAAGGAUAUGCGAAGGAUACGUGACUUUUGAACGAUUUUUUGAAGGAUUUUGGAGACACAGGGAUUAACGCGUAAGGAGAGAUGAUGGUGAUGCUGGUGUAGGAGGAGGAGGAGGAGGAGGAGGAGGAGGAGGAAAAGAAGUGAGAGGAGGAAUUAUGAUCUUCCUUUCUUUUCUUUUCUUCUUCUUCUUAAAUUUGGUAAGAAAAGAAGUAAGAGGAAGAAUAAAGAUUUUUUAGCUUCUUCUUCUUCUUUUUCUUCUUCUUCUUCUUCCUCUUCUUCUUACUUCUGCUCCUCCUUCUCCUCCUCCUCCCCACAAGCUCCCGGCUCUUUAUAUGUACAAGAAUUGUCAAUAAAUUAUUU